AUGAGUGAGCAAGCAGAAAAAAACAAUUCCACGCAAGAGAGACAUGCAGGUCAAAGUCCUCCUGAGAAAAACUGUCAAAUCGGACAGAAGCAACUGCAACAGAUAGAGCGGCAGUUAAAAUGCUUGGCUUUUCAAAACCCUGGACCACAGGUAGCAGAUUUUAAUCCUGAAACAAGGCAGCAGAAAAAGAAAGCGCGGAUGUCAAAGAUGAAUGAGUAUUUUUCUGUAAAAUACAAAGUUAUGAAGAAGUAUGACAAAAGUGGCAGGCUCAUCUGCAACGACGCUGACCUGUGCGAUUGCCUGGAGAAGAACUGCCUGGGCUGCUUCUACCCCUGCCCCAAGUGUAACUCCAACAAGUGUGGCCCCGAGUGCCGGUGCAACCGCCGCUGGGUCUACGACGCCAUCGUCACCGAGUCUGGGGAGGUCAUCAGCGCGCUGCCGUUCAACGUUCCCGACUAG